AUGGCUCCUAUGAUUGAGCCUCCGACGGCAGACUACGUCGCAGCGACUUCGAAGAUUGCUUCGGAUCUGGUCGCCCCCGAACCGGAGCACUGCCCUGGUCCCGAAUCCGAACAGGCGGGCAAAGGAGAUGCCUGCGCGGGCUGUCCCAACCAAGCGAUCUGCGCGUCCGCCCCCAAAGGUCCCGAUCCGGACAUCCCUCUCAUCACCGAACGCCUUGCGCAUGUUAAGCAUAAGAUCUUGGUGCUUUCUGGAAAAGGCGGUGUAGGGAAAUCGACUUUCUCAAGUCUUCUAGCCCACGCUUUUGCUGUCAACCCGGAUUCGACCGUUCUCAUCCUCGACACUGAUAUCACGGGCCCCUCGAUCCCGAAGAUGAUGGGAGUGGAGACGGAAACAAUUCAUAUCAGCAACGCCGGCUGGAGUCCAGUCUGGGUGACGGACAACCUGGGAGCGAUGAGCGUGCAGUUCAUGUUGCCCAACCGAGACGACGCGGUGAUCUGGCGAGGGCCCAAGAAGAACGGACUCAUCAAGCAAUUCCUCAAGGAUGUGGAUUGGGGGGAGCUGGACUACUUGAUCGUGGACACCCCGCCGGGUACCUCGGACGAACACCUCUCGGUCAACACCUUCCUGAAGGAAUCCGGGGUCGACGGGGCAGUGGUGGUGACCACCCCGCAAGAAGUGUCGCUGCUGGAUGUGCGGAAAGAGAUUGAUUUCUGCCGCAAAGCCGGGAUUCGCGUCCUCGGUCUGGUGGAAAACAUGUCCGGGUUUGUCUGCCCCUCCUGCAGUCAUGAGUCGAUGAUCUUCCGGCCGACCACAGGCGGCGGCCGGCGACUGGCGAAGAAGAUGGGCAUUCCCUUCCUGGGUGCCGUGCCGCUGGAUCCGCGGGUCGGGAUGGCCUGCGACUACGGCGAGAGCUUCGUGGAUAACUUCCCGGAAAGCCCUGCCUCGCAGGCUAUCAAGCGGGUUGUACGAUCUGUCAGCCAGUUGAUCGGAGAAGACCCAGACCAGGUCCUGCCAGAAGACAUGAUGGAGUGA